AUGGAAAAUACAGUUAUAUUUCGCAUUGCUUUUUUGAUAGUGUUCCAACUAGUUGUACCUGUAUCUCUGCUGUUUUGUAAUGGGAUAGAUGGAGAGUUAGUAUGCUGUGAUGGUUACAAGUUUAUUCCGGAACAAAAUAAUUGUACACUUUGUGAUAAAGGGUUUCGGGGGAAGAACUGUAAUACCAAGUGCCCAUAUCAUACGUAUGGAGAGGAGUGUCAAUAUAUUUGUAAAUGUAAUAUUACACACUGUAAUCAUGUCAACGGUUGUACUGAGGCUUCGGAAGAACAAUUUUCAAAACAUAUAAACUACAAGACUGUCACAAAAGAUCUAAUAAAUGGGGACAACCUCGAUAAAAGUUCUUCCGGUGUCACAGUUGAAAAUACGACAAACUUCUUCAACCCCAAGAGACACAAAGGAGUACCACUUUAA